CCCACCUCUGAAUUCUUUUUAUUAGAAAAUGGACUGUCUUGUCUUUGGCGUGUGACUGAUUGACUGUGUGUGUGUAGAUUCAUCUCUCCAUAUGCUGUGGCCCAGAGACCAGAGUACCUCAAUUUUACAUAAAUUUCUCUUCAGACACCACUUACGACGCUACUCCUUAAUCAAUCAACAUGGAACAAACCAUAGUUCUCUAUCCAGCUCCAGGCAUAGGCCACAUAGUCUCCAUGGUUGAGCUAGGCAAGCUUCUUCUUCUUCAUCAUUCCAAUUCUUUCUCCAUCACCAUCCUCCUCACCACCGGCCUUCUUGACAAGCCCUAUCUCGAUUCCUACAUCCGCCGCAUCUCUCACUCCUACCCCUCCAUCUCCUUCCGCCGCUUCCCUUUCCUCGCCGUUAAACCACCGGCCGUCGCCUCAUCACAUCCCAGCCCUUCGGCCAUCGCCUUUGAAUUCAUUCGCCUGAACGACGCCAACGUGGCUUCAGCGCUCAAGGACGUCUCAGAAAAAUCCAAUAUUCAAGCUUUCGUCAUAGAUCUGUUCUGCACAUCCGCCAUGAACAUAGGUUCUUCUCUCGGGAUCCCUGUUUACUACUUCUUCACCUCUGGAGCCGCCGUUCUUUCCGCUUUCUCGUACUUUCCCAGAAUUCACGAGCAAACCACCAAGAGCUUCAAGGAUCUCUCUGUAGAUCUUCACUUCCCUGCUAAUCCCCCGCUCAAGGCCUUUCACAUGGUAGAACCAACGCUUGACAGAGAUGACCCAGCAUAUUGGGACUUCUUGAAUUUCUGUUCCCAUCUUCCAAAAUCAAGUGGCAUCGUGGUUAACACGUUUCAAGAGCUCGAGCCUGUAGCUGUUAAGGCUAUAGCAGAAGGCAAGUGCUUUCCAGAUCCAAAACAAGCACCUCCGGUUUACUACAUCGGGCCUCUAAUUGCAGAGCCAAAUGACCGAAUCGAAGACGAAGGAGAAGGAGAACAUCGUGGAAGAAUCGAGAACUGUUUGUCGUGGCUUGAGAAGCAGCCGAGCAGAAGUGUUGUUUACUUGUGUUUUGGAAGCCGUGGGUCGAUGUCAGUGGCGCAAUUGAAGGAGAUCGCUCAUGGAUUGGAAAGGAGCGAGCAGAGAUUCUUGUGGGUCGUGAAGAAGCCACCCAGUGAUGAGAGAACGAAGCAGACGGAGGACACGAGAGUAGAUUUCGAUUUGGAUAAGAUAUUGCCAAGUGGGUUCAUGGAGAGAACCAGAGAUAGAGGGAUGGUGGUGAGGUCGUGGGCCCCACAAGUGGAGGUGCUGAGAAGGGAAUCGGUCGGAGGAUUCGUGACUCACUGUGGGUGGAACUCAGUGCUGGAGGCGGUGGUGGCCGGAGUGCCGUUGAUUGCGUGGCCGCUGUACGCGGAGCAGCACAUGAAUAGGAAUUUGCUGGUGGAAGAGAUGAAGAUGGCGAUAGGGUUGGAACACAGAGAGGAAGAUGGGUUCGUGAAAGGUGAGGAAUUGGAGAAGAAAGUGAGAGAACUGAUGGAAUCUGAGGGAGGAAGAGAGAUGAGGGCAAGAAGCUUGAAGAGGAGAGAGUUGGCUGAAUCUGCAAGAGGCACCUUGGGUUCAUCCACCAAAGCGUUGAACAACUUGGUUGAAUCGUGGAGUAAUGGCCGUUGAUUUUUCUUUUCAUUUUUUUUCCUUUUACUUUUAUAUUACUCCUCCGUACUAAAAUGUAUUUGACAUUUUUAAUUAUAUUUAAAUUAAUAUUUUUUA